UUUUCAUCAAGUAAAAAGGAGAGGAAGCUAGAAUGAAACAGUAACGGUGGUCCUUGUACAGUAAAAAUAACGGAAGAAGUAACGGAGGAAAGUAAGAGACCGACAGACGAAGAGAGAGAGAGAGAGAGAGAGCGCGCGCGAGUAAAAGCAGUCAGCUCCUCAGGCAGAGUCCCUGCAAGAUCAGAUACACCACCGGACCGGAAGUGGUUCGUCUUCUUCAAAUCCAACACAAUCCGAUUCGUAAACCUACCUCUUCUGUACUGUACGGAAAUCCACGGGUCAAAUUUGAUAAUUCCGUGUCGGUUCCCGAAUCUUCAAUCUCCAUUCCUAGGGUUUUAACUUCGGUCCCGGACAAAUUUAUAGCUCUUGGAUUGAUUUCUGCCGAUUUAGGGAUUCAUAGCGUGUUUUUGGUUGGAUUUCGGAUCCGAGCCUUAUUGCGGAGAGGGUAGCGAUUGGGUAUGAGCCAUUGGGAUGCCUGAGAACGGUGGUUCAGGGCAGGUUCAGGAAGGUUUUGCAGCUGUGGCACAGGGAGAUCAAGGGAUUCAAAGCAGCCAAAUUGCAAAUGGGUUAGCCGAAGAUUCAAAAGCAAUUCACGAUGACGUCGUUGGGCUAGUGAAUCAGGAAUUAGGCUCCGUGCCACCGGUAACGGUCCCGGUAGAAGAUGAUAACAGUGUUUCGGGAGAUAACGGGAAAGUGACAGAGGAGUCGGGGAAAGAGGAGUUCGUUGAUUGCUCGGACGAUUACGCCAUGGAUGAGGUGGAACGCCUGCGUGCUUUACUGGAAAGCACGGUUGACGAGUUACUGGAAAGCACAGUUGACGAGAAAGAAAGUUUUGCGUUCCAAUUCGAGGAAGAAAGGGAGGCUUUUGCCAGAGAAGUUGCUACUCUUCGGUUACAGCUGAAGGCUCUCACUGAUCAACAUGCAUCGCUUGGUGAAAGUGGUAAUUUUAUUCAUGAGGCAGAAAGUGGGGAAAAUUAUAACGGUACUGGUACCCGGUGGAGUGAAUUGAUGAACGAGUGUUCUGGGCUUGUUAAAACGGCUUUAGAAAAAAAACUGCAGACUGAGGCCACGGUAAGGGAGUUUGAUGGAUUUGUGUUUAAGAAGGAUCAAGAAAUUGAGGAACUAAAUGCGAAGGUCAAUGAAUUUUCAGUAUUGAAUGAUGUUGUCGCAAUUUUUUUGAAUUCUGCUCAGAGGUCUGUGGAAGUAUCAUCUGAGGCUCAGAUUGAGAAGGAUGCACAUUUUGAAGUUGUAACAAACAGGAUGUUGGCUUCCCUUAGGGGUGUAAUUAACCAACAAGAAAUGGUGGAUGGUUCUUUUGGUGGAAAAUUAGUACAUGUUGAGGAAGGCACUUCUAUGCUAAUUGAGAAGUUCACCCAGAUGCUUUCUGAAAUUGAACAACUUAGACAGUGUUUGCCGGAGGCCAGGGAAGAUCUUAGUUCGCAGGAGUUAGGGGGGAUUUUUGCUACUGUCCGUAAUGAGUUACUUGUGCUCAAAAGAAAGGAAGCAGAGUUUGUUGAAAGAUUGAGCCAUCUAGAAGAUGAAAAUAGGAAAUUGAUUGAAGAACUUGACAAUCAAAAAGGGAUUGUUGAGACAGUGAGUGAAGAUCUAGGAAAAACAAAAAUGGAGCUGGAGCAGGAGAAGAAUAGGUGCGCUAAUACAAGAGAGAAGCUUACUAUGGCUGUGACAAAAGGAAAGGCAUUGGUACAGCAAAGGGACUCAUUGAAGCAGUCCCUUGCUGAAAAGAUGAGUGAGCUUGAGAAGUGUUUCAUUGAAUUGCAAGAGAAAUCAAAUGCACUUGAAGCUGCUGAAUUAAGCAAGGAGGAAUUACUUAGAAAUGAAAAUUCGGUUGCAUCACUGCAAGAAAUACUAUACCAAAAAAAUGUAAUUCUUGAAAAUUUUGAGGAAAUUUUGUCUCAGACUGGUGUACCUGAAGAACUUCAAUCUAUGGAUGUGCUAGAGAGACUUCGAUGGCUUAUGGAUGAAAAUGGUAAACUCAAGGCCAUUUCCCUGGAAUUCCAAAGCUUGAAGGCGGCUAUGUAUGCAAUUGACCUACCAGAAGUUAUUUCAUCUUCUAACUUAGAGUCUCAAGUACAUUGGCUUAGGGAAUCAUUUUCUCAGGCCAAAGAUGAAGUGAUCAUGUUGCGUGAUGAAAUUACUGCAACUAAGGAAGUGGCACGGAAAAAUAUCGACCAAUUAACCGAUUCACUUUCAGCUGAAUUGCAGGCAAAGGAAUAUCUCCAAGCAGAGCUGGACACUCUGACAUCUGAAUACCAAGAUAUUGUCAAGAAAGAGCAACUGGUUUCUUUAGAGAAGGCUGAGAUGAUCAGGAUGUUACUUGAUGCCUCUGGAGUUGUGGUGGACAAUGAAGAGGUUUAUCAGCCUUCAUUGGACAAUGUCUUGCUCAUUGACAGAUGCAUUGGCAAGAUAAAAGAACAGAGUAGUGCCUUACUUGAUUCUCCAAAGGUUGAUGCUGAGUUGUUUGAAACAAUUCAAAGCCACCUGUAUGUAAGGGAUCAGAAGUUGAUGCUGUAUGAGAAUAUGCUAGAAGAGGAGAUGCUGGUGAGGUCAGAGGUGAAUAAUCUGUCAAAUAAGUUCCAGGCAGUAUCUCAAAAACUUGUAGCAUUGGAAGAGGAAAAAGGGUCCCUGCAGAAAGAUGUUGAACGAUCAGAGGAGAAAAAUACUGUGCUAAGGGAGAAGUUGUCCAUGGCAGUCAAGAAAGGUAAGGGACUGGUUCAAGACCGGGAAAACUUGAAACAUCUUUUGGAUGAAAAGAACUCGGAAAUUGAGAAGUUAAGGCAUGAAUUACAGCAGCAACAAUCUGCACUUGCUGAAUGCAGGGAUAAGAUAGGUAGUUUGUCUACUGAUGUAGACCGCAUCACAAAGUUAGAUGCUGAUCUUGUUUCUAUGAAGGAACAACGGGAUCAACUUGAACAGUUCUUACUGGAGAGCAAUAACAUGUUACUGAGACUAAUUGAAUCUAUUGAUGCCAUUGUUCUUCCUAUUGAGUCAGAUUUUGAAGAGCCUGUGGGGAAGGUAAACUGGCUUGCAGGGUACAUGAAUGAAUGUCAAGAUGCCAAGGCAAACGCACAGCAAGAGUUGGGGAUAGUAAAAGAGGAAGCCAGUAAUCUGGCUGCUAAGUUAGCAGAAGCCCACUCAACCAUAAAAUCUCUGGAAGAUGAAUUGUCAGUUGCAAAGAAUGAUAUAUCUCAACUUGCUGAAGAAAAGAGGGAAAUAGAAGUGGAUAAGACCAAUGUUGAAAAAGAGUUAGAGAAAGCAAUUGAAGAAGCUAUGGCCCAGGCUAGCAAGUUUGGUGAGGUUUGUGCAUCUAAAAAGUCACUGGAAGAGGCAUUGUCACUUGCAGAAAAUAAUGUAUCUGUGCUUGUCAGUGAAAAAGAAGGGGCUUUGGUCAGUAGAGCUACUGCAGAAACAGAGCUAGAGAAAGUGAAAGAGGAAGUUGAUAUUCAGACAAGCAAAUUAACAGAGGCCUACAAGACCAUAAAGUUACUCGAAGAUUCCCUAUCGCAGGCACAGGCCAAUGUUUCUUUACUUACUGAACAAAACAAUGAUUUUCAAAUUGGUAGAACCGAUUUAGAGGUUGAGCUAAAGAAACUCCAAGAGGAAGCUGGGUUCCAUGAUAACAAGCUAGCAGAUGCCCGUGCAACCAUAAAAUCACUGGAAGAUGCAUUGCUGAAGGCAGGGAAUGAUAUUACUGUACUUGAAGGUGGAAAGAAAAAUGCUGAAGAGGAAAUAUUAACACUUAAUUCCAAGUUAAAUGCAUGCAUGGAAGAGUUGUCUGGAACUAAUGGCAGCAUAGAAAGCAGGUCCAUAGAGUUCAGUGGUGACCUUCAAAAACUUCAACUCUUAAUGAAGGAUGAGACUCUGUUGUCCACUAUGAAAAGAUGUUUUGGGAAGAGAUUUGAGAGCCUGAAAGAUAUGGAUCUGAUUCUUAAAAAUAUAUCGGACCAUUGUGUUUCCAUGGGUUUAGAAGAAUUGCAAAGACACCAAGUAUUGGAGGAGGAUUCAUAUGUGACAAAAUCUCUCUCAGAAUGUCUUGACAGUAUUUCCAGUGUUGAAAAGGAUAAUGGUGAGAACAAUGUUACAGAUGUCGAAGAUGUGUCUUCAUGUUGGAAGAAGACGGUGGAAAGGUUCCAGUUGCGAAACAAUAUUCUUGCAGAAAAUUUUGAACGCUUCUCUUUUUCUACAGAUGAGUGUGUUGCAACUCUAUUGAGAAAAUUAAAGGCAAUAAGGGAUGAAAUAGUAACUGUGGUUGAGCACACGGAAUCUUUUAAACAAAAGGCAAAUAAUCUGGAAAUAUAUAAACAAGAACAGGAGAAUACAAUAGCCAUUUUAGAAAAUGAUCUCAAGUCUCUACUCUCUGCAUGUACUGAUGCUACCAGAGAACUUCAGUUUGAAGUCAAGAACAAUUUACUUGAAUUGAGCUCUGUUCCUGAGCUUGAAGAUUUAAGACAUUAUUUGUCCCCAGAAAGAGGAGUAAUUGCUGGAGAGGGCACAGAAACACAUGAGCAAGCUCUAGACGGCAGCAAAUAUGGAAAAACAGCAGAAAUGUUGUCAGUUUCUAUUAGAAAAGUUAAAGCUUUGAUUAAACAGUUUGAGAGCACAAGUGAAGUGGCAGCCUCUACAAUUGAAGAUUUGCAGAAUAAACUGACCGAAGCUAGGUCAUCUUCUGAAAAAGCCAUGGAAGAAAGGGAUCUAGGAAAAAAUAGGAUUUCCAAGUUGGAUGCUGAUAUAGAAGCAUUACAGAAUAAACUAGCUGAAGCUAGGACAACUUCUGAAAAAGCCAUGGAAGAAAGGGAUCUAGGACAAAAUAGGAUUUCCAAGUUGGAUGCUGAUAUAGAAGCAUUACAGAAUUCAUGCAGCAAGCUGACGCUUAGACUAGAGGAUUAUCAAGCAAAAGAGGAUAAGUUUAAGGAAAAGGAAGCAGAAGCUCAAAUCCUGUACAAUACUUUGCUAAUGAAAGAACAAGAGGCUGAAGACUCCCUCCUGUCAGCAUCUGAAGUCAAAACCCUCUUUGACAAGAUCAGAGGGAUUGAAAUCCCUAUGCCAGAGUCAGAAGUAGGAAAUUUGGAGCUGCAUGAUUCAGCUCAUGUAAAGAAGCUCUUUUAUGUUAUUGAUAAUAUUAUUAACCUUCAGAAUCAGAUAAGCUUUUUGUCUCAUGAAAAAGAGGAACUGCAGUCAACUCUUGGGACUAGGAUGCUUGAAAUUGGACAACUGAAGGAGGAGGUUGAACAUUAUGACAGAGAUAGAAAAGAUACAGAGAAGAUGAAAAGCGAACUGUCUGUGCUCAUAUAUAGUUUGGAAAAAAUUAUAGAUAUGUCGGGAGGUAAUGAUUUAGUUGGAGAUCAGAAAUCUUCUGGUGUGAUGGGACUUCUAUCAGUAUUAGAGAAGCAGGUUAUGGCUUUACAAUUGGAGUCUGAAAAUUCAAAAUCAAAAGCCCAGGAACUUGGUACUAAGUUGGUUGAGAGCCAAAAGUUUGUGGAGGAAUUAUCAACCAAGGUUAAUGUACUUCAAGAUUCACAUCAAGUAAGGCCUGCUCAGCAAGAGAUUGUUCAGGAAAGGAGCAUCUUUGAAGCACCUUCAUUGCCUACUGGUUCCGAGAUAUCUGAAAUUGAAGAUGUGGGGCCAGUUGGAAAGAACACGAUAUCUUCCGUACCAUCUGCAGCUCAUGUGAGAACCAUGCGGAAGGGUUCAACUGACCAUCUCACAAUUGAUAUUGGUUCUGAAUCUACGCAUUUAAUCAACAGUGCAGAAACUGACGAGGACAAAGGUCAUGUAUUCACGUCUCUCAAUGCAUCUGGUCUCAUUCCAAGACAAGGAAAGUUGAUUGCAGAUCGAAUUGAUGGAAUUUGGGUAUCUGGUGGUCGAGUUUUGAUGAGUCGGCCAAGGGCAAGGCUAGGCCUUAUUGCCUACUGGCUCUUCUUGCAUCUGUGGCUGCUGGGAACCAUUUUGUAACCAAGUCUGAUUGUUUCUCAUUUUGGGUCUGCAAGCAAAAUGUAUCAUAGCCUUUUUGUCAUUCUUCUCUUUCGCUUUGCAUAUAUGUCCCGUCCCCAAGUUAAUUCUCUGCAAUCACAUUUUUAGGUUGCAGAGGAUCAAAUGGCUCUAUGGCCGUGGAAUUAUUAUUAUUAUUAUUUUUUCCACUUUUGUCAGUUAUUUGUUUUGUUUAAUCGUAGUUUGAUAUAUGACAGAUGAACCAGAAAUCUUUGUAGUGAAUCUAGCGACAGUACUUUCAA